GGUAAAGCUGUGCGCCGCGGGGCCACGGUUGGAACGCAGGACCCGGGAGACCGAGCGACCAUGGACGCGCCGCGGGGCAUCGGCACCUUCGUGGUGUGGGACUACGUGGUGUUCGCCGCGAUGCUGCUCAUCUCCGCCGCCAUCGGCAUCUACUACGCCUUCGCGGGGGGCGGCCAGCAGACCUCCAAGGACUUCUUGAUGGGCGGCCGCAGCAUGACAGCCGUGCCCGUGGCGCUGUCCCUCACCGCCAGCUUCAUGUCGGCCGUCACCGUCCUGGGCACCCCCUCGGAGGUCUACCGUUUUGGGGCCAUAUUCAGCAUCUUUGCCAUCACUUACUUCUUUGUGGUGGCCAUCAGCGCGGAGGUCUUCCUCCCGGUGUUCUACAAACUGGGAAUUACCAGCACCUACGAGUAUUUAGAGCUUCGAUUUAACAAAUAUGUUCGUCUCUGUGGAACAGUCCUCUUCAUUGUUCUAACGAUUCUCUAUACUGGAAUUGUUAUUUAUGCCCCUGCCCUGGCUUUGAAUCAAGUCACAGGAUUUGAUCUGUGGGGUGCAGUAGUGGCGACAGGUGUGGUCUGCACAUUCUACUGCACACUGGGUGGUCUUAAAGCAGUUGUCUGGACAGAUGUUUUUCAAGUUGGGAUCAUGGUAGCUGGAUUUGCAUCUGUGAUUAUACAGGCUGUAGUGAUUCAAGGUGGGAUCAGCACUAUUCUAAAUGAUGCCUAUAAUGGUGGAAGAUUGAACUUCUGGAAUUUUAAUCCUAACCCUUUGCAAAGACAUACAUUCUGGACAAUUGUUAUAGGAGGGACCUUCACAUGGACCAGCAUCUAUGGUGUCAACCAAUCCCAAGUGCAGAGAUAUAUUUCCUGUAAAAGCAGAUUCCAGGCAAAAAUGUCUCUCUACAUCAAUCUUCUGGGACUGUGGGCAAUCCUCACCUGCUCAGUGCUUUGUGGGCUCGCCCUAUAUUCCAGGUACCAUGACUGUGAUCCUUGGACAGCCAAGAAAGUGUCUGCACCAGACCAGCUCAUGCCUUAUUUGGUACUGGACAUUCUACAAGAUUAUCCGGGUCUUCCUGGACUUUUUGUGGCCUGUGCUUACAGUGGAACAUUAAGCACAGUGUCCUCCAGUAUUAAUGCCUUAGCAGCAGUAACUGUGGAAGAUCUAGUUAAACCUCACUUCAAAUCACUCUCAGAAAGGUCUCUCUCUUGGAUUUCCCAAGGACUGAGUGUGAUGUUUGGAGCUCUGUGUAUUGGAAUGGCUGCACUGGCAUCACUAAUGGGAGCUUUGCUGCAGGCAGCCCUCAGUAUAUUUGGCAUGAUUGGUGGACCACUUCUGGGCUUGUUUGCUUUGGGCAUUUUGGUUCCCUUUGCCAACUCAAUUGGAGCACUUGCUGGUCUUCUGUCUGGAUUUGUUGUUUCUUUGUGGGUAGGAAUUGGAGCUCAACUGUAUCCUCCACUGCCUGAGAGAACUAUGCCACUAAGCCUUGAAACCUAUGGCUGUAACAGCACAUACAAUGUGACAAAUUGGAUGACAACCACAGAAAUGCCAUUUUCUACUAGUGCUUUUCAAGUAUAUGGUGCUGAAAGGACUCCACUGAUGGAUAACUGGUAUUCUUUAUCAUAUCUCUACCUCAGCACUCUUGGAACUUUGGUAACAUUAUUCAUGGGAAUGCUAAUCAGUUUACCAACAGGAGGAAGAAAACAAAACUUAGACCGCAGAUUCCUACUAACCAAAGAGGACUUUCUUUCCAAUUUUGACAUUUUUAAGAAAAAGAAGCAUACUUUAAGCUAUAAAUCUCAUCCGAUAGAAGAUGGUGGAACUGAUAACCCUGCCUUCAACCAUAUUGAAUUGAACUUCACAGACCAAAGUGGCAAGAUCAAUGGGACUCGUUUGUGAAGCAGCUGUGAUAUUAGAUGAUCUUAAACAGUGUCCCAAUUUGAUAUAUUUUCUAAGAAAUUUGGGUCGGGUUUAGAUUUUUUUUGAAGGGGUGGUUCUAUAACGAGUAAAGUUUGGGGGGAAAUUUUUGUUAAAGCAAAGUCCUGACUCUUCAGUUCCUAGACUCAAUAAUUGAUGCUACUCUGGAGUUAAGAGUUUCAGUGUCAGUGUUUUCCUCUAUUUCUCUUUUAUUUUAAUGAGGCUGCAGUUGUGAAAAUUAUGACCACAUAUGUGCUGAUAGAUUAAUACGCACAUACUUAAUGGUCAAAAGCACAUUCUUAAAUUUGGUCAUUCAUAAAAGUAUUUUCCAUGCAUUUGGUGCUAGCAUAUCAGUUUUAGGAUUUACCAAAAUCAUAAGUAAUACUGAAAAGAGCUUUCUCCCUUCUGCUACAUUCUCUAUUUUUUAGAAAACAAUGGGGUGACAGAUCUAUGUUAUCUAGAUCUUUGCUUCACAUUGAUCCAUAUCAGCUCUAUCAGGGAACGUAUUAACCUUGGAACCAAUUCUGGCUCAGGAAGGUGAUAAUCAAGAAGCAUCCUGUUUGGGAUGGAACAAUGAUCAAGGUCUUCUUGGUGUUGUGUAUCUAUUCUUGUGCAUUUCAGCUAAUUAUCUAGAGCUCCUAACCAUUGGGGGCUUAUAUUGCCUUAGACUCUGGUUCUUUUUUUUUUUUUUUUUUUUUUAAUGUUUAUUUACUUUUGAGAGAAAGUGAGAGACAGAGGCAUGAGCAAGGGAGUGGCAGAGAGAGGGAGACACAGAAUCCAAAGCAGACUCCAGGCUCUCAGCUGUCAGCACAGAGACUGUCAUGGGGCUCUAAUUCCCAGACUGCGAGAUCAUAACCUGAGCUGAAGAUGGAAGCUUAACCGACUGAGCCACCCAGGCGCCCUAGACUCUGGUUCUUAUAUGCAAUCCUAGUUUUGGACCCAACUGUGGUUUUGUUGUACAACUUUACUUUGCUUGCCUUCCUAAUUUCCUGUUUACUCUGUUACCUUGGGCUUGGGUAUAUCUUGAGACACCCAAUAUGAAUUAUGCUACCCCAGGUUUAGAACCAUGCUACUCCUGGUUCACUAAGUCCCAGACUAUAAAUUAUAAACUCCUAUGAGCCUGAUACUGACUAAAGUACUUUCACUAUAGGUACUUAAGGAUUUGGUGACCCAAGAACAUUUACAUGAUUAAAAUGGUUAAGCUGCAUGGAAUUACAUGAUUAUGUUGAAUGAUAUUAAUUUGAAUGUCAACUAAUUUGCAGUCAAUUAAAUUUAAAAGUAAAUAUGCUUAGAAGUCUUGUAUUCUAGUGUAUUCAUCUGGUUGAAGAGCUAAAUUACAUAGGCAAACACAUUUUUUUUUUAAUGUUCUGGAAUUACUAACUAUAUGCUUUGUUCCACAGUUUAAAACUUCAGGUAGCAAUCUCAAAAUUUAUUUUGCUUAUGUUGCUACGUUUCUAGCUAAGAGUUUGGUCACAGGCUUUUAUCAAUAACUUAUAUUUUUCUAUAGUUCCCCCAUUAGAUCCUGUAUAGAUUUUUUUCUUUACAGUGUUUUCAAAUAAUGUGAGAAACAUUUAGGUACAUUAAAAAUGUUUUAUAUUUAAAUACUUUUUUCUUAUUUUCUGAUACUUAGGUGAGCAUGCUCUGUAUGUUUAGAGAUUGUCAAUUGAAAAAUAAAAUAAAUAGGAAGUAGCAUUUAUCUAAAGCAAAGAGAUUUAUAUAACAUUUAAAUUAAUGAUGUGUUCAUAUAUUUCGUCCAUGUAUAGAUGUUAUUUUUUCAUCAAUAUAUUUGUCAGCAUACAUCAAACUUUGUAAAUCUUUCUACAAUUUUUUAAUGAGUAGUUAGAUAUGAUCUUAUUUAUUUUAUGCAAGUGUGAUUUGAACUACUGUUAAUUAUUUAAUAAGUGAAAGUGCAUAUGUGUGUAGAAUGCUUCAAAUUUGGAAAUCAAAGUCUACUUUUUAAAUAAUUUUUUCUCUUAUCUAACUGCCAAGGGAUUAUGCAGUAUAUAUUUUUUUAAUUUUUUUAAUUUUUUAUUUAUUUUUGAGAGAGAGAGAGCAUGAGCAGGGGAGGGCAGAGAGAGAGAGAGAGAGAGAGAGGGAGACACAGAAUCCAAAGCAGGCUCCAGGCUCCAAGCUGGCAGCACAGAGCCCGAUGUGAAGCUUGAACUCACAAAACACGAGAUCAUGAGCAGAAGUCUGACCUCAACCGACUGAGUCACCCAGGUGCCCUUAUGCAGUGUAUUCUUCAUGAGAGAUAUGGUACUUCCAUUCUUGUCUACUUUCUUUAACAAAGUAUAUCUUUGUGACAUUGGGCACUGUUAAUAUUUUACCUUUAUAAAUACAUCACAGUGACAGGAUUCUUAAGAAAUCAAAGUACUGUUAUUAAUUAUGAAAAAUAUUUUAUCUUAUCUGAAUAUUUGGGCAAAACCAAAUAGGGGUAAAAUGUUAAUAUAAUGUAAAUAAAAUCACCUAAUGUUCUUAAUUAUUUUGAAACACAACAAUCCUAACAGGAGGGAAAAGCCACAUAAGUUGUCUAUUUUCAUUUUGCCACUGACAAGUUGUAUAUGACCUUGAAUUUAUCCUUAAUCUCCUCUAAUGAUGGAAUUUAACACUAAACUUAACUACCUCACGAAAUAAUGUGAGUAUAAAAGAUCAGAUAGCACUUUAUUAGCUUAAAUAGUGAUACUUAAAAUGUCAAUAUGAUUGGAAAUCAAAAUUUGAGACAAAGGUCACUUGCUAGUUUUAAAAAAAGGUGAACUGUUAAUAAUGUGGAGAUAGUUCUUUCUCUAACAAACAUGUGUCAUUGAAAUGUUGAACUAUAUUUAGGAAUAAGCAGGAUUAUUUGAACAGAAGAAUGGAAACUUUAAAGAAUGCUACAGAUCAAUCAUAUUCACUUCAUAAAGAAAUGAAAAUGUUAUAUGUAAGAUGUGAAAUGGUAUAAGUGUAUAUGCACCUGUUUGAUUGCUUAUGCAUUAAUUUUCUCUCUAGACCAGUGGUUCUAAUGGGGCAAUUUGGCAUCGGAGGGGACAUUUGGAAAUAUCUAGAUACAUUUUUGGUUGUCACAGCUGGUGAUGAGUUGCUACUGGCAUCUAGUGGAUAGAAUUCAGGGACUCUGCUAAAUAUUCUAUGAUACAUUGGACAGCCCCUCUCCAUGACAAAAAAUGAUCCUGCCCCAGAUAUCAAUAGUGCUGAGUCUGAGAAUUCUUGCCCUAGAGGCUAAGAUUGUAAUCUUGAUUUUCCCAAAGUCACACAUGCUGGUUGUGUUCCUUUAGGGAAAUUGCCUUGACUCUUCUAUCUGAUCAUUCUUAUCUACAGAUGAGGUUUAAAGUGUCGCUAGCUUGCAGAAUGUUAUGAUAGAGAGUAAUGACCAUGUGUUUUCAUAGCAUUUAAAAAAUAUUAAGGAAUAUAAAAUUGUGAAUAAUUAUGAGAAUAACUCUUAAGAAAGUUUCAUUUAGCAACAUGAUUUCCAAGAUUAACACACAUUAACGUGAAGGAAAUAUUAAAUCAUAAAUAUAAAGAUUUCAUAAUUUUGUUUUAGUUAUAAAAACACCAGAAAGUAUAGCUUAUUUGUUAACAACUCGAUGUCUGUCCAUAAUGUAGACACAAGGGACAAGGAUAGGCUUGAGGUCAGGGGAGUGACUCCUUAUGUUGAUUCUUAUAGGAGAUUCUGAGUUUUUUUUCCAGUAACAGUUAUUAAUAACAGAAUCAACUGAGUGCAUGCACAAGUACUGAAAAUUCACUGCACAAUUUAGUUAUAAAAUUUACUUUUAUAUUUAAGUUGUAUGCUAUUGUGAAAAAUCUUGAGGGAAUUGAAUAUUGCAAUGUAUAACGUGUUUGCAUUUCUGAUUUUUCAACUUGCUGAUUAAAUUAUCUACAAGUAUC